AUCAGCCCCCAGUUUGUCUCGGUACUAGGUACCAUGCAGACCCAAGCACAAGGGUAGAAACCAUCCUGGACCAGGCAGGUCAUCCCCAUACAUAACUAACUCCUGAAGCUUCAACUAAAGGGUUGAGAUCGCUUUUUUCUGCACAACAAAACAGUAGGCAAGGAAAAAUCGUAUCAGAAAAUCACAAUGUUAUCACAUUCUGCCAUGGUCAAAGAGAGGAAACAACAAGCAUCAGCCAUUAUGGAUGAAAUACAAAGAAAUGUCUCACCCAGCUUAAACCUUGGAAAAAAGGUCAGCACCCCCAGAGAUAUCAUGGUAGAGGAACUAUCGACACUCAGCAACAGAGGUGCAAGACUCUUCAAGAGACGUCAGCGGAGAUCUGACAAAUACACAUAUGAAAAUUAUCAUUAUGUAGCAAACAAGCCAAGAAAUCGUGGAGAGCCCAUACAGAGUGUUAAAAUGGACGGCCUCAGCGUGGAAGGAAUUCCCCAGCAUGGCCCAAUGACGCCUCCUAAUACACCUGAUCCCCGGAGCCCACCACAUCCUGACAAUAUCGCCCCAGGAUAUUCUGGACCACUGAAAGAAAUUCCUCCUGAAAAGUUCAACACUACUUCUGUACCAAAAUAUUAUCAGUCUCCCUGGAUAGAAGCCAUUAGGGAUGAUCCAGAGCUGCUGGAAGCUUUAUAUCCUAAACUUUUUAAACCUGAAGCAAAGCCAGAGCUGCCUGACUACAGGAGCUUUAACAGAGUUGCCACUCCCUUUGGUGGUUUUGAGAGAGCAUCAAAGCUGGUUAAAUUCAAGGUACCAGAUUUUAAUCUACUGAUGCUAAAUGAUCCCAGAUUCAUGCUCCUUGCAAACCCCCUUGCUACCAGAAGAUCCUUCAACAGGACUCCUAAAGGAUGGACGUCCGAGAAUAUUCCUGUAGUGUUCAUUCAGCCUUCGGAUUCUGACACUGUUCCAGAAACAGAGGACCUGUGAGAGAAGCUGUGCUCUACAUCGUACAAAAUGCUGAAAGCUGCAACAUCUGUGUAUUUUUGGUCCAAAUAAUACUAAAGGCUACUGACAAAAUUUUUCCUUGGCAGCUGGAGUAUAAGUAACAACGUCUGAUGCAGUGUCUCUUUUCUGGCACCUUGUUUCAUCUAUAGACAUAAAUAAAGUAACUUGGCAAACAUAACAAGAUAUUUU